GAUAUGAUGAUUAGAGCAUACCCAGAGUGACACGUUGAAUUCGCCAUAAUCAAGGAAACCUUUUCCGGGUGGGGAUCUCUGAAAUCACUCAGUGAGCAACCCUAAUUAACCUGAUUUUUUGCUGAUAAUCACUCUCAAUGGAAUCAAAUCACAAAUCCGGGGAUGGAUUGAGCGGCACCCAGAAGGAAGCAGCCCUCCGCGCACUGGUCCAGCGCACAGGAUAUAGCUUGGUCCAGGAAAAUGGACAAAGGAAAUAUGGUGGUCCCCCGCCUGGUUGGGAUGCUGCACCCCCAGAAAGGGGCUGUGAAAUUUUUAUUGGAAAACUUCCCCGAGACCUUUUUGAAGAUGAACUUAUACCAUUAUGUGAAAAAAUUGGUAAAAUUUAUGAAAUGAGAAUGAUGAUGGAUUUUAAUGGCAACAAUAGAGGAUAUGCAUUUGUAACAUUCUCAAAUAAACAAGAAGCCAAGAAUGCAAUCAAGCAACUUAAUAAUUAUGAAAUUAGAAAUGGGCGUCUGUUAGGGGUCUGUGCCAGCGUGGACAACUGUCGAUUAUUUGUUGGGGGAAUCCCAAAAACCAAAAAGAGAGAAGAAAUCUUAUCAGAGAUGAAAAAGGUCACCGAAGGAGUUGUGGAUGUCAUUGUCUACCCAAGUGCUGCAGAUAAAACCAAAAACCGGGGCUUUGCCUUCGUGGAGUAUGAGAAUCAUCGGGCAGCUGCCAUGGCCCGGAGGAAGCUUCUGCCAGGAAGAAUUCAGUUAUGGGGACAUCCUAUUGCAGUAGACUGGGCAGAACCAGAAGUAGAAGUUGAUGAAGACACAAUGUCUUCCGUGAAAAUCCUGUAUGUAAGAAACCUAAUGCUGUCUACCUCUGAAGAGAUGAUUGAGAAAGAAUUCAACAAUAUUAAACCAGGUGCUGUGGAGAGGGUAAAGAAAAUCCGAGACUAUGCUUUCGUGCACUUCACUAACAGAGAAGAUGCGGUGGAGGCUAUGAAAGCUUUAAAUGGGAAGGUGCUGGAUGGGUCCCCCAUCGAAGUGACCCUAGCCAAACCAGUGGACAAGGAUAGUUAUGUUAGGUACACCCGAGGAACAGGUGGAAGGGGCACCAUGCUUCAGGGAGAGUACACCUACUCCUUGGGCCAUGUUUAUGAUCCCACCACAGCCUACCUUGGAGCUCCUGUCUUCUAUGCCCCCCAGGCCUACACAGCGAUUCCCAGCCUUCAUUUCCCAGCCACCAAAGGACAUCUUGGCAACAGGGCCAUUAUCAGAGCCCCUUCUGUUAGAGAAAUUUACAUGAAUGUACCUGUAGGGGCUGCGGGAGUGAGAGGACUGGGCGGCCGUGGCUAUUUGGCUUACACAGGCCUGGGUCGAGGAUACCAGGUCAAAGGAGACAAGAGAGAAGACAAACUCUACGAUCUUUUGCCUGGGAUGGAGCUCACCCCAAUGAAUCCUGUCACUUUAAAACCCCAAGGAAUUAAACUUGCUCCACAGAUAUUAGAAGAAGUUUGUCAGAAAAAUAAUUGGGGACAACCUGUGUAUCAGCUGCACUCUGCCAUUGGACAAGAUCAAAGACAGCUCUUCUUAUACAAAAUAACUAUUCCUGCCCUGUCCAGCCAGAAUCCUGUCAUCCACCCUUUCACACCCCCGAAGCUAAGUGCCUAUGUGGAUGAAGCAAAGACAUAUGCAGCCGAGUACACCCUGCAGACCCUGGGCAUCCCCACCGAUGGAGCCGAUGCCCAGACCGCAGCUGCUGCUGCCGCUUCUGCUACCGCAUUUCCAGGCUACGCUGUCCCUAAUGCAACUGCAUCUGUGUCUGCAGCGCAGCUCAAGCAAGCGGUGACGCUGGGACAAGACUUAGCAGCAUAUGCAACGUAUGAGGUCUACCCCACUUUUGCAGUGACUGCCCAAGGGGAUGGAUAUGGAACCUUCUGAAGACAUCUUGCUUUUAAGAAUAAAACACACAAAACUCAAUCUAGAAGAAAUACACCUCUAACUUGGUCCCCUAAUGAUCACAAGUAACACUUGUCCCAGAGUGAUGCCUUUCCUGAGACUGUACAGCUUACAUUGAUACUAAAUGUAGAACAAUGAUAUGAGAACUUUAUUUCUAAUGAAAUCCAAUGUUAAGGAGCCAUUUAUCUAACAGGAAGCUAAAGAGCCAUUGCCCCCAAAAGUUGUUCUUCCAAGGUUCCUGAAUGUCUUGGGAGUAUGUUUACAAACCCUGACAGAGUGGAGAGACAUCUUUUAGCCAGCAAGAGUUCAGGGGUUAAGCAGACCAGUAACAACCAAGGGGGCCAAGGAAUUCCAGAGUCUUAACCCCUGGCUCACAGCUGCUUUUGUAAUACACAAAGUCACAAAAGGCAGAGGGACAGUAGGAGAUGCUUUUCCAAGCACGUUUCCCGUUGCCCAGUGCAUGUGGCAUGUUCACAGCCUGGACCUCGUGAGAGACUAUCCAAGGUUUAAUGGCGUCAGCAUCAUUUCAGUCUGAAAAUUCCAUCCAGUCAAUUUGUCAUAGGUCAGGAUCUUCUCAUCCCCUGCAGCCCCUGGGGACUAGGAAAUUGAUGUGAUAUGUUACAGCUAUUGUUAAAACAAAUCCAGGCCCAUCGUUUAUUAAACUCAUUAGCCCACACCUCUUUUUCCCUAGAACUCCUAUGCUUCCUAAAGAUGCCCACAACAUAAUAGUCAUGCCAACUUGAAAUGACUUUUUCUCAUUUUAAACAUUUUGACUUGUCCAUAUUGAUUUAUUUUCAUCUCAAUCUCAUUUUGCUCAUCUCCAAUAUCAUAAAAAAUAAAUCGAAUCUACAGCAUAACAUUUAUGAUACUUUUUGCUAUUCAGCAAAUUGGCUGAAAAGUCAUUUCAAAGGGAGGAGUGAAGAUUUACUCUCAUUUCUAUGACGUUUUUGUAGCACCCAGCCCACCAUCCAGCAUUCAGAGACAGUUAUUAACCUGGGUUCAGCCUUGGACUAUCUAACCCACUUAUACUAAAUCUGCCAAGAAAUCCACUGCCUUCUCUUCCUUUUACUUUCAAUAAGUAUCAGACACCUUUACCAUAUCUGAGUCCUUUGGUUUUGAAGUUAUCACAGGAGAACUUUACAUCCAUCACUGAUUAUUAUUAGAAGCGAAUUUUUCAGAUAUUCAGCAAGGGUGUUAUUUAUCAAAAUCUCCUAGAGUUUUGGGUCUCUCCUCUAGAACAUCUGAGGUGAGGGGGCUACAAAAACUGGGAAUAGAAGGCACUGCUUUCUUUCCAUACUUAUAAAUGAUGGCUUUUUGUUCAAAACAGAAAUAAUCAAAGUCCAAACACAAAAUACCCAUUACUACCACUCCAGUCUCAUUAGUGGUUUAAGACAUACAGUACUAGAUUUCCAUUUCCCUUGGCUUUUGUAAAAUUCUGCAAGACUAAAGGGAAGACAUAAACACCAAAGCAUAGAAAACUUUGUCAACUCUUGAAUGGAAUUCUGUGACCCCAAAUCAGGCCAGAUUCCAAUGAAAAUCAGGUAAAUUCCAACAAUUAAGAGUCCUUGUAACCUUUCAGUUCUAUUAACUCCAAUCUGAUAUCAAAGGCCUCAAGGUUACAGCUGAAACUCUGAAAGGCCUCAUGCUUUCAGCUUUGUUUUGCUUUUCAUAUUUCCGAGGACAGUGUUUCCCAGACUUGACUGCACAUUAGAAAUACCUGGAGAGCUUUUCAAACUGCCAAUGCCAAGGUCACACCUCAUACCAACUACAUCAGAAUGUCUUGGGAUCGGAGAGCCGGACAUCAGUUUGUUUGUUUGUUUGUUUGUUUUUAAAGAUCUUAGCUGAUUCAAGUGUACAACUAAGUUUGGGAACUGCUGUACUCUUUGUAUUUCCACUCUAUUUUAAUACUUUUUUUUUAACAUCUUUA